AUGUCGCCAAAUGUGCCGCAGCUUCCGUCUGAACAGGUGUCGACCAACCUCCCGCUAGACUCGCCCAAUGGCGUAGACGGCCGAGACUCGGGGUUCUCGUCCGGAGUGUCGUCCGGCAAAGACCCCAGCACCAGCUCGGGCACCAACUCGGGCUCCAACUGCGAAACGUCAUCGGGCUCGGGCUCGGGCUCCAACUCCGCCAACGAGGGCUCGGCCAAUGAGGGCUCCAAACCCGAAACCAAGUCUGCGCUCAGAACUAAGAAGGACGCCGCCACCGCCCAGACCUCCGCCAAACGCUCCCUCUCAGACACGCUCCCCAAGCAGGUGGAGACGGUGGCGCCUCGAUCGAGCUCCAACUCAAAGUACCGCAAGCUUGACGAAAUGUUCUCCAACGAAGAGGCAAAGUGGAACGGCGAGACUCCUCCCGUUUCUCUGUCCAACACCCCCUCCGACAAGUUCCUCUCGCCUCCUGCAAGCGAAAUGACCACCAACGCUACCUCGUCCAGAGACACCCGACGACGAUACCGGUCAAAGUCGCCGCAGAGACCCAAGGAGGACUUGCGACGAGACGACCACACCAACCGCCAGUCGUCCCGAGAGGAACCCUCUGCCCAGCGUCGCCACAGCAACCACAACCGCAAUUCCUACUACCCCGGCUACUCAAGGGAUGCACGAGACCGUGACUCCCGAGACCGAGACCGAGACCGUGACCGUGACCGUGACUCCAGGGACCAAAGAGACCGAGACAACUUCGAAUGGAAACAGUUUCGAGACCGUGACCGUGACCGUGACCGUGACUACCGCAACACAAACGGGUGGGAGCGCUACAGACCUGACUGGGUACAGGAAUGGGACACAUACCGCAACCGGGACAGCGAGAGAGCGCGGGCCCGGUACCGUCGAUGGGAGACGGAGCAUGAGCGCAACUACGAGCGCCGAGGCCCCAUCUCCAAGAACCACGAGCUGUCUGCCGAAGACAGAGACAAGCGAACUGUUUACGUUCAGCAGGUGGCCCCCCACGUGCAGUCGACCGAGCUGUUUGACUUCUUUGCAGAAGCCGGCCCCGUGCAUGACGUGUCGCUCGUCAAGGACCGCAGCAGUAGAUGCCGGGGUGUUGCAUUUGUGGAGUUUGAGGACGUGGAGUCUGUCUCCCGCGCCAUCGGACUCACAGGCCGGUCUCUUCAUGGCCAGGCUCUUCUUAUUCGGUGCACUGACAGUGCUCGAAACCGAGAGGAGCAGCAGUCCGAGGCAUCUUUCAACAGCUCUGGUGCAGGCAGUACCCAUGCCGUGGCCAAUGUGAACGCAUCCACAUCUGCCAUUGACAGUGUUCGGUUCCACCGUCUCUAUGUCGGCAAUAUUUAUUUUGGUGUCACAGAGGGCGAAAUCAUUCAGAUCUUCGAGGCCUUUGGACCCAUCGAGUUUGCCGACCUCCAAAAGGAGAAGACGGGUAAGUCCAAGGGCUACUGCUUCAUCCAGUACGUCAAUCCUGAUGAUGCCAAGACUGCUCUUGAGAAGAUGAACGGCUUUGAGCUUGCUGGUCGCAAGCUCAGAGUCGGUCUCGGGCUGGGAGAACGUGGGGCCACCAAGGCCCGCAAGAUCCUCACCGAGAUUGGUCUUCUGGCUGCAGACGGUGUGUCUCGCUCUGCAGACCAGGUCGCCACCCAGAUUGCAGUCGACCGUCAGAACCAGAAGCUCAAGCUCAAGGACCAGCGUAACCAGCAGCGCGAACUCGAACAACGUGAAAUCGAGUUGCGAGGCACCUCACACGUCAAAUCUGAACUCGAUGGCCACAAGCAGUACCAGGGGUCUGUGGAGUUCACCUCCAAGUGUGCCCUUCUACGAAACAUGUUCAACUACAGCGAGUGA